CAAUCUCGCCACUGUUCAUCAAAUGGUUCCAGCUAAUACUGUAGCAAGUUAGCUAUAGCGUUAAUCUUUUGUUGGCUUUCUAUUCUCAGCCACCAUGGCACCAAGAAAAAAGACCUCGAAACAACGCAAAAACAACCCGAAAAUGGACAAGUUGGAAGCUUUCCUCGAGGAUUUCGACUGCGAGGUGAAAACGGUUGUCGAGAGACUGAAGGAGAAGAGAAACCACCUGCUUAAAGAUGCAGACAACUGCUACAACAUGGCCCUGAUCAAGCUGCCUACAGCUGUGAGGCGGAUGAACUGGUUGGAACAUUGCAAAAUGGAUAAGCCCAAAUCCCCAGUCAUAGAGGAGUCAAAGAAAGAGGAAGUGGCUGCCAAGGUGGAGAGUGUCCUGGCUGAGGUCCACACCCUUGCCACCAAAACGGUCAAGAAGUCCUCCAAGAAGGGUGGGAUGAGCUCAGAGGACGAGGAGAACACAGUUCCCAGCACUGUAAAGAGGGGAAGAGCCAAGAAGCCCCCCACUACGUCCAAGAAGGCCAAAGCUCUGUCAGCCAGCAAGCACAACACCUCCGUCACAAGGUCCAGUAGGCGGCCUCUCGUCACGCCUGCUAGGAACAUGCUGGACUGUUCUCUCAUGGGCCCCACCCCUCUCGUCACCCCACGCUUCGACCCCAGGUUGCCCAAAACCCCGGCAGUGCGGAUCCCCCGCCACAAGGAGAGGGUGUACAGCAUCUCUGUCAACGGCUCGCCCGUCGCCGCGGGCGGCGAGGAAAUCGUCAUUAACGUCCCAAUCGGGAACGGAGAGUCUAUUCAGCUUCUGGCCAGUCAGAUGGACACAGUAGAUCUGAGUCAGCUGGAUGAGACAGCCAUACACAGUAUCCGUCUGCUGCAGAACCGCCUCACAUCACUGUGUGGACCCUCUGUGUAACCAUCCAGCUGCCCCGGUUGCUUUUAUGCCCCCCCCCCCCCCCCCCCCCCCUCAGAUUUUUGAAUCCUUCAUGUUCUUUUCCAUAUACAUAUUUCCUAUCUUGUAUCUCAUGUAAUUCUUAAGUUACAUUUGUAGAUGUCUGACCUGCAUCAUGAUGUUGUAUUUGUUCUUAUGCUGUUGCAGUGAAAGGGAAUGUGGUUUGUAAGACUUUUUAGAACACAGGUAAAUAGUUUUACUCGUCUAGAUGAUUUUGUCUGUGGGAGACACUGACAGAUUUAAGUCACUUGGCAACUGCAUGCGGAAAAAGAACUUCAGUCUUCUUUAUGGUGACACUUUUAUUCUCUUUAGAUGUACUUUUGUAAAUAAAUCUCAAUCACAUCUCAGCUAAGAGUCCAGUUACAGUAAGACUAUAAAGUACUUUUAUUGGUUGGUCACAUGGAAAGCUGUACUUGGGAGUUUUUCAGUCAUGCUCUAGAAUAUUUACCGUACUACGUUCAUGGCAAAGCCUUCUAAUCUUGGUCCUGGUCUUUGUCAAGACACAAUUUGUUCCCUGUUUUCUGUAAAUAUUCCUUAUAGUUUAAUACAUUUUGUUGGACCUGG